AUGCCUGAACUGUUAUCCUUGGCUUGGAAAAGCAAAUCUUCAGACGUUCGAGACAAGUUCUAUGCUAUGCUUGGUCCCUACAGCUUGAAGCCAGGUGGCAUUCAAAUUCAGCCAGAUUACAGCAUCUCUCUUCAGCACCUUGCGACCGGCUUCUUUGCUCACUGUAUUAUUAACGAAGGAGCCUCUCACCUACUCCUCAAGGCCUCUGGUGCUAAUGCAGAAGCCGGAAUCCCCUCGUGGAUGCCGAACUGGAAGGACCCCGUUGCCUGGGAGAAACUCCUUGGAAAUGAGGAUGAAGAAAACCCUAGCUGGGAUGGCGUGAAGAAUAUGAUGCCCGAAUUUCACCAUGACAACGUCGUACAGAUCCGGUUUGUUCCCAAUCCAACUGCCGAAAAUAAUGCGCCCAAGAACAUCAGCAAAAGACUUUGGUAUCACGGCGCGACAGUAGAUGCCGAUUCAGGGGCCAUGACUCUCAACCUGACAAGGCUGUCCACCAUUGACCGCUUCAUGCGAGCACGAGAAAGUCAGGAUUUCUCGUGGUACCGAUUCCGCUGCACGAGCCACGGCGGCUAUAUCUCACUGGCGAGUCCAAGGAAACUCGAUGCGCUCGUCGAAGUCGAAGAUGAAGUCUAUCUUUUUGAUAACAACAUCACGGCUCCCAUUUAUCUCGUCCUGCGCCCCACUGGAGGCCAACAUGAGUUUCUAUUGGUAGCGGCAUGCCCUCAUUUAGUUUGCACGUUUCGCGACUAUCCGCUCGAAACUCCAUUGAGCCAUCGCCAAGACCAAAAGGUUGAUGCCAUACCGAUUACAGAUCUCCAGCAAAGCCUUUAUUCCGACCUCAUAAAACUCCACAACUCUCUUGACCAGACCGUUGAGUUUGAGUUCAGCACCAAACCGGCUGCGGAUAGGAAGCGAAGGGGUGACACCCCAAAUUCGCCCACAUAUUGUACACACGAGAUUGACCUUCCAGUUCAAGUUGGUGGUGGGCCCAUCAGUCCCUCAUACGAUGUUUGGGGUCUUGGCUGUGUGUAUUUGGAGCUCGUUACGUGGUGGCUAGGCGCCUGGGAACACGUUGAAAAAUUUGCGUCAAGGCGCCUGAUGCCCGAUCUUUUUCACUGGCCGAAUAGCAGACUUCUACGGAGCUCCGAUAAGUUCUUCACAAUCCAGUGGAGCUCACACACAAGAGGAUGGGAAGCCCGGGUCAAGGAUGUGAUCUCACAGGUCAGUAUCUCCCAGACUAUGCGAGUCUACCUGUAG